AAUAUAAAUACACACGUAAAUAUUUCAUUAUCUCUUAUUAUGACGUUCCGAUUAUUUUUAAUUUUAUUUAUCCCGAACGCCGCCGUCUCCUAAACAAGUUUCUAUCGUUGUGGAUUCUCGUUAGUUGUUAUUGUUUUUGUUCCCAAAUAAUAAUAAUAAUAUUGUUUUUCGAGUGUUUUUUUUCAAUCCAAUUUAUCCCGCCGACACUUCCAGACUUACGAAUUCUACCGCCACGGUUUCAAUACGUUUAUUUAUUUUUUCACCGUCUUUGCAGAACACUUCCGUAUCCACAAACGGUAUGCAUGCAAUUGUAUGUGUUUAUUGUUUCCCCGGCAUUACAAAGGCAACGUUAAACGCUUAGGUGGUCGAAUUAUUUUUAUCAUGCACCCAAGGUGCCUCACGCAGCCCAUAGGUCGCCGAUACGGUUAACAAGUUGGUUUGGAAGCACGUCCUAUCCGUCUACGGUUUGUCGGAUAGAUGUAUGUUGAUUAAAUCCUCGCUAGUCAACGGAGUUAAAAUAAUGAAUAUCGGCAGAAGUAAUCCGCACGGCAACCGACUAUUAUUCGCUGGUUUCAAUCAGGAUCAAGGAUGUUUUGCUUGUGGUAUGGAUAAGGGCUUUAGAGUUUACAACUGUGACCCUUUAAAAGAAAAAGUUCGCCAAGACUUUCCAGAUGGUGGCCUUGCCUUUGUAGAAAUGUUAUUUAGGUGUAAUUAUUUAGCUAUGGUCGGUGGAGGCACAUCACCAAAAUAUCCCACGAACAGAGUUGUUAUCUGGGAUGAUCUGAAAAAAGAUUCUGUGAUUACUUUGGAGUUCAACACACAUGUGCUAUGUGUGCGCCUAAGAAGAGAUCGAAUAGUUGUUGUGCUUGAGGGUGUCAUCAAAGUCUACACGUUCACGCAGACUCCACAGCAGCUACAUGUGUUUGAAACUCAUGCUAAUCCAAAAGGUUUAUGCAUGCUAUGCCCCAAUAGCAACAAUUCAUUAUUAGCAUUCCCUGGGCGAAAAAUGGGACAUGUUCAAUUGGUAGAUCUAGCAGAUACAGAUAAACCUCCUCUGGAUAUUGCUGCACACGAAACCCUCUUGGGAUGUAUAGCUCUUAAUUUACAGGGUACAAGACUGGCUACUGCAUCUGAAAGAGGAACUCUUAUAAGAGUAUUUGACACAAAGUCUGGAAAUAUGUUAUAUGAAUUUCGAAGAGGAACUAAUACAGCUCAAAUUUAUUGUAUUAACUUCAACGCGGAUUCAACUAUGAUGUGUGUUGCUAGUGAUCAUGGAACCAUUCAUAUAUUUGCAUUAGAAGACCAAAGUUUAAAUAAGCAGUCAAGUUUAGCUUCAAAUUUCCUACCAAAAUACUUUAGUUCUAGUUGGAGCUUUUGUAAAUUUCAAGUGCCUAAUGGACCACAGUGUGUUUGUGCAUUUGGAUCAGAAAACAAUUGCAUCAUAGUUAUUUGUGCUGAUGGAAAUUACUACAAGUUUGUGUUCAAUCAAAAGGGUGAAUGCUGGAGAGAUAUCUGUGCUCAAUUUCUAGAAAUAACUAAUGAUAGUAGCAUUAUUAGUUGAUAUUUUUUCUUUUAAUUGUUUUAUUAUUCAUCUAUUGUUAGGUACAUAUUCCAUAUCAUUUUAUUUAUAAAGUAUUAUUUUAUUUUAUUUGAUAGUUAAUUUUCAAAUGUUGUUUUAAAUAUAUUUAAUUAAAAUCUAUUUUUGUUAAU